AUGGAAGCUGUAGCUGGAAUGUUGUUGAUGUUGUUCGGAGUUUCUCAUGUCUCUGAGUGUCUGUCCCAGGGAGAGAUGAGGGUGUCCUGCUCCUCUGAGGGAGGGGACAGUCCUCAGUACAGCUGGACUCUAAAUGGACGCACACUGACAGAUGCUGAGCUCCUUUCUGGAAAUAAUGAGACUAACAUCAUCACUCUGAAACAGCACGUCUCAGGACAUCUGGUCUGCUCAGUCAGUAAUAACGUCAGUGAUGUCUUCAAAGAAGAGAGGAUAUCUACCUGUGGUAUGAAAACUUGUGUCGGCAGACAGGAUGGAACUAAGUGCUAUGGAGCUUUGGGAGGAACUGUGGAGAUUCAACUGGGCAGCAUCUCAGAAAUGUUCAAUGUGAAAAAAAAUUAUAAUAGCACAGAACAUAGACUUUGUUUUCUCAGUAAUGGAACGUUUAGGAUCAAUAACCUGAGCAGGAAUGACAGUGCUAAUUAUACCCUUCAAACCUUUGAUUCACGUGGAGAAAGUUCAUUCGAGUGGACUUUACAGUUGUUUAUUCAAGCUCCUGUGUCCUCUGUCCUGCUGCUCUCUGAGUGUCUGUCCCAGGGAGAGAUGAGGGUGUCCUGCUCCUCUCAGGGAGGGGACAGUCCUCAGUACAGCUGGACUCUGGAUGGACGCUCACUGUCAGAUGCUGAGCUCCUUUCUGUAAAUAAUGAGAGUAACAUCAUCACUCUGAAACAGCACGUCUCAGGACAUCUGGUCUGCUCAGUCAAGAACAACGUCAGUAAUGUCUCCAAAGAAGAGAGGAUAUCUACCUGUGGUGAGUGAGAACACUGUAAGUAGUGAAUCAUCAACUAAUUUGAC